GACCCACACACUCGCAAGCAUGCAUGUGGCGGUGACGCUGAGUCGAAAUCGGGAUUAUUUUGUGAUCUGAUCGCAGUGCAUUGCGUACUUCUUUGUGGCAGCCGAACUUCAGUGCAACUAGGAGAUGAGUUCAUCGUGGAACUGAAUCACCUGGAGCUCUGGCAACUAAGCGCAGUCAGUAAAAGUGCGGAAAUCAAAGCAAAAAUGUGUUGAUGCUGCUCUUCGCAGCGCAUCGCAUCGCAUCGCAUCGCGUGUUUGUUUGUUUGUGUGAUGGUGCGGCAAAAGGCGCUAAGCCAACAACUAAAAUCGUAAACAUAACGAUUCUGUGAUAGAAAGGCUGUUUGCAAAAACAUGACUUACGAACUGCCCCCAAUCAAACUGAAAGGCAAAGAACUGAUCAAAUACCGUCACAUCAAGCGAAAAUAUCCUGUGACCAAGGAAUUCCUGCACAGCAACUGGUGGAAUGUCGAGAGGUUCAUAGUGUACGCUCUCAGUCCCCGUUGCGUCAUCAGAAACUAUGCCUGGCGACGGCGGCGCACCCGCAGGGUCUGCAUCAUCCGGCGAGUCCGCAUCCUGCUUUUCGAUCCGCGUCUCAAGCGGAUGAUAAAACGCCGCCUGCAGAACGUGCGCCAUUGGUCCAAGAGUCUAGUAAAUUACUACAAGAAGAUGGGCAGAAUCGAAGAGCAUGAAGAGACGGAGGUGUACCGCGUGGCAGAACCUCUGGCAGCCGAGGAGCUGUCCAAGCAGAUGAAGCAGCAACUGGAGCUGCUUAAAACGGGCAAGAGAAGUUUGUCGCUCAUUGAAGAAACAACUGCCAUUGCGGAGGCGCCGCCUAAGAAGCCUAAGCAGUUGCCUGAUAUCCCCGAGGAAGCCAGGGCCAUUAAUGAUAGCGAUGAUCGCCUGGAUGCAGCGCCCUCCAAGCAAGCUGCAGAGCGGACACCCACCAAGUCGCCUGCGCAAGUCGCCGCCUCGGAGGAUGUCCCAACCCCGGCCACGCCUAGCAAGGAGCAAAGUGGCCAGACAAGCACUUGCUCCAGUGCCGAGAAGACGGACAAAGAGGAAAAGGUCGGCGGCGGCAGUAAGUUCCUGGACAUGCUCAUCAGUAAGGUGCGCGUUAAAAACUUCGCGCGGGAGAACAACAUGCCCGCUGAACCUACUGCGGUCACGUUUUGCACAUCCGAGGACGAAGGCAGCACAGACUUCGUGGGCUUUGACGAGAGCGUUCAUCAGCCGGGCAUGCUGCUCACGCCGCUCGUGCCGAACAACUGCAAGACCACGGAGGGAAACUCUGCCUUCGUCAGCGAGUCGCUGGAUGCAUACAUGCGGGAGCACCAUAUCAAUGACUCGGAUUCGCAGGACGAUAAGGACAAGUUGCUUGAGCCCAUGGGACACGAUGGCCAGGUUACUUCGCACAGCAUGCCGCCGCCGAUGGACAUGCCAGCCGUUCCGGAGGCAUUGCAGCGGUUGAGAACGGUGGCGGAGAGGCGUCAGUACUUGCAGCGUUGCAAGAACCACAAGAUGGGCAUCAUCAACAACGAAGCCAACGUAUACAGAGAGCUGCAGCGGAAGCAGCGCCAGCGAAAGGUCAAAAUUGGCGCCAUGCAAGCGCUUCAGGCAUCCGACUCACAAAUGCCUUUUACUCGCCAGGGCUGGCAGGCGGCCAGUUAUGUGGCCACCGAGCACUCCAAAUACUACUAUCAGGUAAUACAAGUGGAUGGGGAGAUGGUUCGCCUGCCUGGCGCUCAGGGUAAUAAUUUGAAGCGCGAGAAAUCUCCGUACCUAAGUAGACUCAGUUGCAAGGAAGAGGAGGAACUAAAGUGCAGCGACCAGUGCUUGGAUGCCCGCAUUCUGCGGGAACUAAAAGUAAUUCCCACAAGAGUGAGCCCUCCAAGGAACCCCAAGAUCCUCAACCAGUAUCCGCUGCCCGCCAUCUUCCGCCCCUGCCCGUUGUCCAAGAAACCGCUGCAGAGGCCGCUGGACGAUGACACGGCCGCGUUGCUCCUCGCAGGUGGCAGCAUGGCCGUGGUAAGCAUGCCAAAUGUGGAGCUUGAUGUAAUGCCGCAGCUGGGUCGCCCGCUGGACGAAAUAGCCAAGCGGUACCUGCAGCACAUACUGCCCCAUCAUGACAUAACGCGGGAGUGGGCUGAGUUUAGUGUAUCUACGCUCCAGGCGCCGCCCGCCACAAUGAAGGAUGCAGAAGAGCAGGCUUCCCAAACACCAGCUGGUCGUCGGAAGAGCUUCACCUUCGUUAUUCCCUAUCUCAAUGAUCGGAAUCACAUUCUCGUUCGCCGCGUAGUGGACCGGUCCGAGCACUUAGACAAAAGUUUUAAAGAGGAACCCAAUAUGCUACAAGAGUUCACUUUCCGAGAAAUGCUUCCACCUCAGCCGGAUGCCGAAGGUCUGGCCUGCGCGGACAUGAUCAGCGAUAUGAUCAACACUGUGGCCAUCAGCUGCAGCGAAAACAGUUUCAUAAGCGAAGACCCGGAUGCUAGUUCGUUACCCAAGUCCUCCGAUCUGAGUCCCGCAAAGGAAGAGGCUGGCAAGGACGCGGAUAAGUCAGGCGCCAAGCCAAAGCAACUGCCCAACAAACAAAAGCGUCUGGCCAACGAACUGAGGCGAUUAAAUGCCACCAUCAUAGACGCUGCUGCUAGAAAGGCAGAUGCUAACAAGCCUUGCAGUAAGGAUUACUGUCAGCUGGGCUGCGUAUGCGCCAGCUUGGCAGGUACGGAGCUACCUGUGCGGGAUCACUGCGGCAGGGCAGAGUGCGUUCUGGAUUGCCGUUGCCUGAGUGCAGAGGAGAGUCGCGUCAUGCGCUUGGAAGCUGCAGAUGGACGCGGAAUUUCCAACGAAGAUGCCUUCAACUUGCGCCGUAAGGCCACGGCACGACUGGCCAAAAUGGAGAAGGACUUUACCUCCACACUGGUGCUCACCGACAACGAGACGCUGCUGAUCAAUGAGUCGCAGGGCGACAAGAAGCGACGCUGCACAAAGGCGCCGAAGCGCUAUGAGGAUUUCGAUGACUCUAUUUACGACGAGGAGGAAAAUAAUGUGGUAUCGCCUACAACUAGGAAGCAAAAGAAGCACGCCGCUGCUGCUGCGGCUGCCGCAGCAGCCGCUGCAGCUAGUGCAAAGAUAUCGGCUCCUGCUCUAAGCGAACCGUGCUUUGUGAAGGACACGCACCUGGCCAAGCUGAAGCAUUGCUUUGUAGGACUACGACGGCUGUCGAAUGUAGAGAACUUGGCCACGUUCUGCAUGACCCACCAGCUAUAUAAGUGCUUCUGUGGCGGUGACUCUCCAGAUGGCAAGCCUGUGGUUAUCGAGAAGGAUCAGUGGAACGCACCAGUGACUCACUUUAAUCCAGAUCUGGCCGUCAGAGCGCACUACAGCUUCGAGCGUCCGCCGGAGGAGACUUCAACAAAGAAGAAAGGGAAGGAAAAGAAGCCCAAACCUAAGCUGGAGCCGAAAACUACCAAAGAGGAUCAAGAACCACAGACUCAAGCAGUGGAGGACCUUCCGCUCAAGACUGAAACCAAACAAGAAUCGCCACCAGCUAAUUCCCUGUUCAAAGAUAAGUCUCCUCUCAAAAGGUCAAAUGAGUUGAAUAAGAUAUUCAACUACUUCCGUUCGCGUCCAGAUGUCUGCCGGCGAGCUAUUUCCAUUCCCAAGAACUCUUACCAGCGCCUAAACCAAAGACGGGCGGAUCGUGUGCGUCACCAAAUAGCUCGCGAGGAGAGUUCAGAGACGAAUGAGGUGCUUAAGAUGCGCAUUCAAGGUGCCGUGGUUUACUAUCGCAAGGAAAUCGAUCGGCAACGAAAGCGAGAGCUGUGCAAAAAUACUGUGAGAACUCCCGUGAUAGAAGUGCGGAAUGAAUCCGAUAUAAGUGAUGCUAGCGUGCGUCAGAAGAAGAUUGAAACCCCCGCCGAGGGGCCGACUCCUGGCAAGCGCAUUAAACUGAAUGCGGAUGAGCCCCCAGCCCAAGAGAAGAAGGCCCAUAUGCUGGACAUUCAAGUGCCUCGCAUCGCCGCGUGCUAUUCCCUUAAUGCCGCUUCGGUGGACGUUCUUGCAACUGAUAUGGCAAAAGAAGCAGCUGCUGCUGCCACGGGAUCCGCACAUGGUUCCAUCGAUACGCAUUCCGCCAAUAACGGGUUCUUCUACAACGAGGUGGUCAAGAACAUGAACACCCUGGUUAGCAAAAAGAUGCAGGAUAUUGAUUUGGCGCUGCAGCGUGAGAGCAAAAUAAUUCCGUCGCCCAACGAGGAGAUUCUUUGCAUUAUCAAGUGGACUAAUUUUCUUGCUGCGUUUGAAUCUGGUUUCGUAUUUAUUUGGGACGUUCAAAUGAAGACUCACAGCUUUCUGGCGGCAACCACGACCAAUUUGAUGCCCUCGGUGUGCGGUGCAAUUGGAGUUGUAAACACCAAGUUCGCCCCGGAUCCCCAGGCACUGCCCUUGAUGGCUCGAAUGCUAAUGAAUUCCAUGCGGAAUGAAAAGACCAACCGUCUUGCCGUUGUGAUGCAGGGCAGGCAGAGUUUCUGGCUAGUCAAGGGAUUUCUGCGACAUAUGCAAGGCAAUGCCUGCACAAAGCCCACGCCCUUGACUCAUCCGUUGCUCACCAAGAAGAUCAAUGUGCUGUGCUCGCUGCUGGUGAAGCAGCGCGUCCGGGAAAACGACAAGAAGGCGCAUGGUGACGGCGGCGGCGCACCCUCUGAAGUCUUGGCAGCAGAUGUUUCGCCUCAAACCUCGCUACUAAUGAAGCACCGCUCACGGGAUCUCAAACGAAAGUCUCAGGGAGAUGAAAGUCUAUCCAGUGGGCCUCCAAAAUCUUCCAAACCAUCUGCUGGAAGCUAUCCCACAGCUGCGUCGGUGGCUCUGACAAGCUCUACAUCGUCAGCUUUUGCUCCAAGCUCCGGGAAAUCUACUCCUGUUUGCCCUGCCAAGUCCAACCCCGCCUCCACUAAAAACAAAAGCAGCGCCUCCGGAAUCCGCAGCAAUAUCGAGUUCAGAAAGGUUAACCACAACGAUGUCGAUGAAUUGCAAAUACCCGAGCUGCACCAGACCGACCACCGCUGGGUGGUGCUCGACAUCUUCGAUGACUUUUCUCACAUCUUCGUGCCCUCCUUUAGUGAUAUGAUCUCGCUGACGAGGAUUCACAGCGUGAUGCAGGUGGCCGAGGAGAGGCAGAAGGUGGUGAAGCUUCAGUUCUUUCCCAACGCGCCGUACGAUGCCUUCGUGACGCCGUCGUCCAAGAAGAAGAUCUACUUUGGACCGUUGAGUUUGGACAUGCCGCCGCCGGUCCUUGUGCUACUGCAAAGUGUCGAUCGGAAGAUGAUGUUGCGCGAGGUUUACCAGCGCGAGCACUCCAUUCCAGUACAACGCCAUCGCCGAAGCAUGGCUUUCUGGGUGCUGCACAUUAACGGACAAGUGCACUUUGAGAUCGAUACGGAGUCGACGGCUAAGCUGGCAGCGCAACAGAAAAAUUUCAUUGGAACUCCUCCCGGUCUAAGUGUGUUGAAAAUUCCGUCGCAGCUGUCCGUGGAAAUAGAAAAGAAUCAAGAUGAGGUGCCACCAGUGGUGGUCAUCGACAGUGAUGAGGAAGAUGAUGACGGAGAGAGGCAAUUGGUAAUCGACGAGCAGGAUGAUGAGCAGGCAGAGACGCCCGUUAAGCCGGAAGUGGACCGCACAGGCUUCACCAUACAAACUUUGCCUUCCAGUGGCGCUCUGCAAAUAACGAUCUCAGAUUCAGCAGAGCCAUCCUCACAGCCUGCCAAAGAUGUGACCACCUGCCACUUGAGUGGUGGCUUCAUGCCGUUCAUUGCAAAUGUGCCCGUAAAGGUUGGGGAGACGGCUCCCACCACUCAAUUCCUGACACCCCAGGUCCAGGUAACCACGUCGCAAGGUGGUCCGGAAACGCUCACGACCAGUUCCUCUUCUCAUUUGCAACCAUCCAAAAUUGCAUACCCCAAGAUUAACGAGCCAUUACAAGAGCUACUCAGCAGUGGAAUCCCUUCUGGAGGCAUCACGAUCACCAAAAUGGAGAGCAAAGAGAAGACUUUGCCAAGCGAAACCGUCCAGAUUGGCAACAACAAGAAGAGCAUCUCUAUUACCGGGAUACAUAAACCAGUAACCAAGGCGGCGUCGUCAACGACCAGAGCUACGGCAGCGCGAGCGACUCCUGUUUCGAAAUUAGCACCCCAUAUAAGAACCGGUGCAACAACACAACCGAAAACAUUGGUUAGGCUCUAUCCAAAGCCAGCCACUGCUGCCGGGCGGCAAUCCCUGCCUGCAAACGCCAAGACGCCAGUAGCGACGCCACGGCAAUCCCAGCCAGUCAAAGCGGGAGUUGCCUGUGAUAAGCCGCCAUUAGUAUCUGGCUCCACAUUGCCCGCGUUGGUUGAGCCAUCCGCUCGAAAGUCUCUGCCCUCGAAGCCUCUAGCUGCUGGGGAUCCCAUGCCCCCACGACAAUCUCUGCCAGCAAAGGUGACCGCCAAUCCUGCAGCUUCUCGUCCGGAUGCGGCUUCAGUUUCGGGCCAAAAUCUCACCAACGCAUCUAAAGCUCUGUUGGAAAAAGAGGAUAUUUGCUACGGCAUAAUGGUCGCCAAGAACUUGCCACGUUUCCGCGCCAAGGUGGAGGGCUCUGCCUUCAUAAUCAAGAUACCUGAUCAUGGCGUGUUUCGCUUCAAUACUUUCGGAUUAGCCGCUAGUUUUCUCAGUCGCCAUGUGGCGAAGGAUCAUAAAUUGAGAGAGUUUUUGCCUGCCGAGUGGAAGUUCCAUGCCUUGGAGCAGCUCAAUAAACAGAUGCCAUCUAGGAGUCAACAGUCCCUUGCUGCCAUCGUAAUCGAAGAUUGAGCUGAUUUUUCAUCACAUUUCUUGGAUACGGAUACAUAUUAAAUAUGUAAACUGUUUAGUUAUAUCCAGAAAUAGCCUUGUCUGUUAUUAUGAUUUUUGGUCAUGCGAAAUGACAUUCUAUUAUGUUGUGUAUCAUAAAUAAUUAAUAAUUUUAAUGAUGUAUAGCAUUAUUUAGUUGGAAACACCAUUUAAAUGUAUUUCAUACUCACGCCGCA